GUGCUCGCGGCGCCACCGGUUCACUCCGCCAGCGGCGCCCGCGACGUACGGACGUGUCGAGAGCGAGAGACGUGUGACCGUGCGCACGGCCUCCUCUGGAGCGCCGGUGUUUCCUCUGGGCGGACGAGCGCGAGCGCGACGGCGAAGAAGCCAGCGGCAGCCCGAGCGCGAGUGAAUCUAAUCUGUCGCGUCCGGGAAUUAAGUCGUGUUCUCUCAGUAAGUAAACGCGCGACGCGGUAACCGCGUAGACCGUGUGUCGUCUUGCCUGCUGCAGUGUGUCGGAAAGUGCGCGGGAGAAAGAGAGAGGGGGGAGUUGGACGCGCGGCGCGAGGACGAGAAACAAUUGGCACAUCAUCGAUUGUCCCUCCGCGCGAUCUAUCUCCGUGUGCGUCGGUGUCGACGGGACGUCGAGGGGCGGACCGAGACGGCGGAGCGACCACGAGAACGGAGAAUGUGAAGACAGAGUGCGGGAGCCAAAGUUUUCCCCCCCUUCUUUUUUUUUUUACCUCUCUCUCUCUUCCGUCCCUUGUUUGUCACGGAGAUUCGCCGGUUUGUCACGGCUCACGUUACCCCCGAGCUUGGAGCGCGGAGUGUCGAGGUUCUCUCCCCUCCCCCUCCCCCCUCCUUUCCUCCUCGAGAGUCGUUCUUCUUCGUGACGCGUAAACUCAGCGGUGCCUACGUUCAGUGCGUUUCAGCGUCACGGCGUGUCUCGUGACAGCGUAACGGGGUAUUCCGGAUUAAGCGCGGAGUGACGCGGAUGGGAAUGGAAUCGUGUUCGCGGAACAGCGGCGUCCGGGAAUAGGAGGUGAAAGAGAGAGAGAGAGAGAGAGAGAGAGAGAGAGAGAGACUCCGUUCGCGAGCGACCGGACGACGCGACGUACACACAUACACGCAACGCGACGCAACACCACGCAACGACGCGGCGCGACGCGAUCCGACCCGAGCCGACGUUCCCAUUUCGGUUUUCGUCGGCCGGCGGCGGCGUGGAGUCCCACGGAGAGUGAGAGAGAGAGAGAGAAGAGAGAGCGGUGAUGCCCGACGACGAGCUCUCGUGAAACCGCGGAAGGUGACACGGCGCGUUUGUGCAUUCCAGGAGUAAACGAGAGGGGCCCCGGCGACUUCGCGUCAAAGAAGCCAAGGAGAGAGCGGAGGAAGAAGAAGAAGAAGAAGAGUCUCCCCCCCUCCUGCCCCGCCGCCAUCCCCUACUCUUCUCGGACGUGCGCCGCUACAGGAAGUUCUCUCCCAGACGAAGGCGAGUAACGAUUACAGGAUCAGCGCUGACAUCGCGCUUGCUGCACCAAUGGAUCUAUUGCGAUGGGGCCCGAGAUAGAAAAUAGGUGCGAUGGAGUCUCGCGGAGCCGGUUUCUACUAUGAGUUGAGGCUUCGUAAUUAAUAGGGACUGGCAUGGAGAAGGAGAACUCCGCAUCAGGCGGAGGCGGUGGAGGCGGCGGAGGUGGCGGAGCUGAAGCGGCGUCGGCGACUUCGGGCGCCACCUCCACCUCCGAGAAACUCCAGGCGGACCAGGCCAAUCCGUUGCUCGAUCCUACUGCACUCUUCGGCGCAUACUGGCCUCGAGGCGACAGCGCAGCGUCGUCGCUCUUCGGCGGGAUGCCGGGUGGUUAUGGCCUGGGGGCCCCCCAUUUGCCCUCGGCUUACGCUAUUCUGGGCCGUGGGGGCUCGGCGCCCGGCUUCGGGGGCCACACACCAGCCUCGGCGCCACCCCCGUCCCCGUACCCUCAUAGCAGCCUCGGUACACUCAGCGUGGCUGCCAGUCAGGCUGCGAGUCUGGGCAUCAAUCCAGCAGCUAGUGCAUGGUGGACAAUGGCCUCUCAUCUAGCGGCGCAAGACUACCUCGCGAGGCUACAAGGAGCGGCAGGACUCCCAGGAUUUCCGCCCGGUGCCGAGAGCCUCCUGCCACCCUAUCCCGCCUCUCUACUUAAUCCCCCGUCCCUCUCGUCCCACAAGUCCAGUAAGUCUAAGUCAAGCAAGAGUCACAAGACACCAGCUAGCAGUAGUAGCUCAACGACGCCGAGUAUGACGAGCAGCAGCCUGCCGGCUGUAUCCACUCAACCAUCGGUGACGUCCUCUCAUCACAGCACCCCGGUCAGCAGCACGCCAAAUUCGCAAUCGAACGUCGUCAGUUCUGCGAAGGAAGGAAGUGAUCCUAGCAGUAUAUUAGGAGGUGUGCGUCUACCUCCCGACACGGAGAUCAUCAAGUAUACGUCGAGUAUAGUCGGUCCGAAGGUUCCUGGGACGACGAACCGCGGCAGGAAGAAGACAAUAUCCUUGGACACUCCCAGCGUUAGCGUACACCCGCCGCCCGUCCCUACCCUUAGCGCACAUCAGACGAAUACGACGUCGUCCUCGUCGCUAAUGAUGGAACCGAGGAAGUAUAAUCGCACGACCGACUCGAACGAGUACAGAGAUUCGGUGGAUCGAGUAGAGGUAAUCAAACUGCCGGCCCAUUCAACGAAUGGCUCCGUUCUGUCGGCGCCACCAACAUACACUAGCAGCAGUAGCAAUAGCGGUAGCAGCAACGUGAACAACAACAUCAACGAUUCGGACGCGCCCCUAAAUCUCUCCCUGAAGCCCGCCACGACGAGUAGCAGCUCGCCGAUUUCUGGUAGUCAGCCGCUCAGUCAGCUCAGUAAUUUAAGCCAAUCGUUACUUGCCUCCGAUCGAACGUCGAGACGAAAGCCCGGACCGAAGCCGAGAAGAGUGCCGCAAAAUUCGGUGCCGGUGCCGGCGUCGCCUAGUCCCUCCUUGGCGCAGCUUUUUGCUGCCGCGGACUCGCCACAACGGCCGAGUAGCGGCAGCGAAGAGAGCGAGAGUGCGAGCACUACCACCCACCACAAGGACGGUAGGCCGCGAAAUCUCGGCCGCGGUGUAUCGAAGCCUAAGAAGAACACAGUCGCCUCGUUGCUGGCUCAAAGCAGGGCUUUGGGAAUUAAACCUACUCCGGCUUUGGAUCCAACUGUGCCAUUGUCUCAUCAAGUGUCGUUGCUGAGAUCAAAUAUACUGGCGGCUCAAAUGCAAGUCGCCACUGGCCAGAGUGACGAUAAGAGUCAGUACUAUCACUUGCUAACGAAGAUACAGAAGAAGAAGCGACCUCGACCAAUUCGUGCUUCAUGGGCGAGAAGCCAUGAGAAAAUGAAAAACAAGUUGCUGGAGGCCUCGGGAGAAGAGAGUAACAUGGACGUGACCAGCGAGAGCGGCAGUAACACUGAUGUUGUCACGGAUACCGAUGAUGACAAUGCGGAAGGCACACCCAGCGCGAAGAGGAGAAAGCUCAGGCCCAGCGAAAGAGACCUUCAAAUACCGUUAGAACGCGGUUGGAAGCGUGAAACGGUUAUCAAGGGACUAGGAAAGACGGGAGUGAUAAAAGGCGACGUGUCGUAUUACAGCCCCUGCGGGAAAACUUUUAGAAGCAGUCCCGAUCUGGUGAAGUUUCUGGAGCAACAGAAUCCAGCUGAGUUGACUACCGCCAAUUUUUCAUUUUCGUCCCGCCCGUUGGUCGGGGAAUUUCUGCAGCCUACGAUGGGUCUAGCGGAGGCUGAAUUCGUCAGACUCGGUGCUCAGGAAGUAGCGCGAAGACUAGAAGAACUCAAAGCGGUCAGUGGUUUUAGAGACGCACGAACAAAUAAUCAGUAUGAAAGAGACAAGCUGGCUUACGCGAAGAAACUCGCGAAGGAAGAAGCGCAACGGCACAAAGAACAAGCUAGGCUUAUUAAGGAGCAAGAGAAAACGGAGCGACUAGAAGCCGUGAGACGAGAACGGGAAAUCAGGAAUCAACAACUUCUCGAGGGUCGAAAGCGGCUCGCGUUCACGAUCAAGCAGAAAAUGAAGAUCAUCCAAGAGAUCGAGCGCGGCAAGAGCAAGAGCGACGUAGCUCGCGAGCUGGGUCUGGCGAGCAGUACGGUUGCCACCAUCUGGAAGAAUCGCGAGAGCAUCGCCGAGAGCUGGCGCAAUCGGGACAUGAUGCAUCAGACGGACGUCGAGGAUGUGCCGCCGAAGAAGUCGCCGUCGAUGUCAUCUCUCGUGUCGACCACGGCCGCACUCUGCACGCCGGUGGCAAUGACGACAAUGACGACGACGACGACCGCGAUCACGACGAUGCCGUCUCUGGUCUCUGGUGUAGUUGUGCCGCCUCCGCAGGUGCAGGUGGUACCGCCAGUACUACCACCGCCACCUUACCCCACCCUGACCCUGCCGCCGGCGUCAACGGGCCUUGUGCCGUCAUCGCAGCCAAUGACGACAUCAAUCUCUUCGUCGAACCUGUCAUCGAUCACCACGUCGACCGGCACGACGACCACGACCAUGCCACCGGACAAUACCCAGCAGGCACAGACCCAGACACAGAGCCAGGAACUUCUGGAGGCACGGAAAAAACGGCAGGAAGAGGUGGAGAAGAUCCGACUGGAAGAACAACAAAGGAAGCAACAGGAACGAGAGCUGAAGAGGCAGCAGGCGGUCAUGCUAAAGGAGCAGAUGUACAUGCAGGAGCUCACCAAGCAGCGCGAGAUGCUCUACACCGUCGAGCUGGAGAGGGAGAGAAGGAGGCAGCACAUGGCUCUGGUACGGGCCCUAGAGAACCGUCGGAAGAUGGAGGAGAAAGAGAAGAAACGCCUGGAGGCCAGGGCCGAAAGGAUAGCGACGAAAGAAAAGCGGGCAGAACAGAGGAGAGUCGAGAUGGAAUUGAUCGAACAAAUUCGCAAGCCUGUGGAGGAUAUGGAACUGACAGAUCAUAGACCACUGCCAGAAAUUAAAAGAAUACCUGGACUUAAACUCUCUGGGCAAGCGUUUGCAGACAUUGUCAUGGUAUUCGAAUUUUUACACAAUUUUGGAGAAACUUUAGGAUUUGACAUGGAAUCGCUACCGAGCUUGAAGAGUCUUCAACUCGCUCUUCUCAACGAUGAGGAAGCCGAGGAGGAGAUGCUGUCAGUUAUGACGCAUCUGUUGGUGUGUGCCAUUGAAGACCCAGGAAUCCCGCAGCCGGCCAGACACACUACGGGCUUGGGUCAGAGUUUGCGUCAAGCUGACAUUACUCACGCCAACAUUAGUGAAGUACUGCGAAUUUAUUUGUACGCAAACGCAACCGGAGAAGUAAAGGCUCUGACAGGGGUGUGCCUUGAGCGUGAACGCGACAAGAAAUUUGCCGAUCAUCAUCAGAAUGGCGGCGAUUACGCUUCGACUUGCUCGGGAAAGAACGCACAGUUCUAUGAGCACUUACAUAACAACGAAACGUGGAAGAUGUCGGAAAGAUUACGAGAUAAGCCUUUCUUAGCGUUGAAUCCGACGCAUAAGGCGCAGAUGCUCGCUUUCCUGUGCAACGAGCUACUGCAAAAUAAGGCUGUGAUCAGACAGAUAGAGGGAAGCCUCGAAACUGUAGCUCAGUUGAGGAAGGAAAGAUUUGUUCUGGAUACCAAAAUUAGAAAGCUUAGACAAUUACAUAGUAGAAAAGUCCGAAUGGAGGCUGUGGGCGUAAUUGUAAACAAGAUUGGCGAUACAAUCACCAUCGAGAAGAAGGAAGGUGAGGAAGAAGGCAAUACUACGUCCACUGCCGUAGGUACGACACCUACACCGGACGAAAUUCAUCACGAGGACGAGGUAGAAGACAUGUCUGAAAAUGAGAGUGAAGGCACUCAGCCAGAAGAGGAGGAAGACAAGAAUUUGUCUGGUGAAGAAUUGGGUAAGAAAUUGGAUAAACUACUGAAACAAUCAGAAGAACAAUUGCAAAAGCUGAACAGCUCUUCGAAGCAACUCCGUGCACAUAUAUUCGGCCAGGAUAGGUAUUGGAGGAGAUAUUGGGAAUUAGCAUGUUCUGGCGGCAUCUUCGUGGAAGCUAUGGAGAGUGCCGAACCAGAAGUUCUUGAACUUCAAGCAGAGCUUGAUGAGAAGUACAAAAACAUGCCGGUAGAAGAGAAAUCCGAGGUGAAACAAGAGGGUGAUAACAAAAUGAAUUUUGAAAAUCGCGAAAAUGAGGCACCAAACGAAGUUAAAAAUGAAAAAAAGCACAAUUUGAACGAGCAGAAUAAGGACACGAAAUCUCAUGGGGAUAAAGUAAAAUCCGAGAUGGACGAGGUCAACUGUAAGAAGGAGCCUGUACAAAAUUGCGGCUCGGAGAAUUCCGAGGGUGUAAAGGAAGAAAAGAAAAACAACGAUGCCGAUAGUACAAUGACAGAUGCGAAAACAAACGUUACAUCCGAGGAAAUAAAACAGGAGACAGAAGUCAAUACAGAUGUCAACAUGAAAGAGGAAGUAAAAAAAGAGAAUGAGGAAACGGACGAAGAUAUGACGAAACCUUUGGUGAAAAUGAUGGAAGAUAAAAUCGUCGAAACAAUACCGAAUGGCGACAAGUUCAACCAUGUCAAUAAUCUACAUAACGGGAAGGAACUCAACGGCUCCUUUAUUUCCAUUAUGUCGAUUAUUUCAGACAACAGCAAUCCUGAGCCUAAUUGGUUUUCCAUCUUACCGCGUGAAACGUGUGAUACUCCAGGACCCAGCACUAAGCAAAUCUUUGGCAUAGCUGAACCAACGGAGCUCAGAAUCCCAGUGUUCCCGCCGCCCGCUAGUCCAAGUUACGAUAGAUGCGACAGUCCAGCGCCCCUGAUAUUAACUCAAGAUGAGGCAGUACAGCUGGAAUAUUUGAAAGUGCACGGUUUACCGCCUCCUGGUGAAGCUAAACCGGUGCCAAAAGAUCUGAGAUACGGUUGGUGGAGAAUAACAGAUGUCGAUACGUUCCAAGAACUUCUUGAGCAUCUACAUUCUCGCGGAGUCCGUGAGAAAGAAUUGAAACGCACAACAUGGGCGACAAUGGAGUCCUUCCUAGCUGUAACUGGUAAAAUUAACGUUGAUCCUGGCAACAUGGCCGCCACGGAACUUCAAGUAGAACCAGACGAUCCCAACACGCCAAUUCCCAAGCCUGAUAAUCCAAGCAACUGGGGCGAACAGGUUGCGUUACGAGUAGAUGCUCAACUCUUGGAGCAAGUAGAAGCGCUUGAAGAUAAAGUGGCUAACGCUAGCAUGCAAGUCAAAGGUUGGAAGCUACCGCCGCGAGCGGGAACCGAAGAAGCCGAGGAAAUCGAUAAGUUGAAUGAGAUGGAGAAGAUUAGUGCAGUCGAACAAGCGCGGCAAAGGCUCCUUUCUUUGGAAGCAGCUAUAGAAAGGAGAUACUUGAAACCACCUUUAGGCGUUUGCACGGGAGAUCCCAACUUGGCAGCUCUCAAGGCGGAACAAGCAGCGGCCGCUAACGCAAACUCGAAUAAUUCCGAACAGAAUAACCAGGCGCCUGCACCGCCAGAGGAAACGACGCCACGGGGUCUGAACACCUGGCGGGAAGCGACAGCACGAGCACACACGUCGGCGCAACUUGCCAUGGCGCUCUACAUGCUCGAGGCCAGCAUCGCAUGGGAUAAAAGCAUCAUGAAGGCUGUGAGUCUAACAACAGCUAGAAACUCGGUCUGCGCCAAGCUACGAAACCGCUGCGUCUCACUCAAAGCUACCAAUCAGUACAAACAGCUAUUGACUACUUCUCAGACCUCUAAUUGCCAGUUUUGUCAUAGUGGAGACAACGAAGAUAAACUGCUGCUCUGUGAUGGCUGUGACCGUGGCUACCAUACUUACUGUUUCCGUCCAAAAAUGGAAAACAUUCCUGAUGGUGACUGGUAUUGUCACGAAUGUAUGAACAAAGCAACAGGUGAACGUAAUUGUUUAGUGUGCGGAAAGAGAGUGGGUAAAAAUCUGGUCCUUUGCGAACUCUGUCCUAGGGCUUAUCACACUGACUGCCAUAAUCCUGUUAUGCCAAAAAUGCCACGAGGAAAAUGGUAUUGCUCUAAUUGCCACAGUAAACAACCAAAGAAGAGAAAUAGUAGUCGAAGGAGUCAUACCAAAGGGGGAGGCACCAGAGAAAGUGAAAGUUCUGAUCAUCCACCAGCUAGUCCAACGCCAUCAACGGCAUCGAACACGCACGUAGAGGAUGUCAGUUCGUCGGAACCGCCGACUCCUACCGCCUCACCACGGAAGGAGGGUAACAAUCGGACGCUCACGAAGAAGCAACAACGAGAGCUGGCGCCUUGUAAGAUACUCCUCGAACAGUUGGAGCAGCAGGACGAGGCCUGGCCGUUCCUCCUGCCGGUGAACACCAAACAGUUCCCGACCUACAAGAAAAUCAUAAAAACCCCCAUGGAUCUCAGUACGAUAAAGAAGAAGUUGCAGGACUCCGCGUACAAGUCUCGCGAUGAGUUUUGCGCCGAUGUCAGGCAGAUGUUCAUCAACUGCGAGGUAUUCAACGAGGACGACAGUCCUGUGGGCAAGGCCGGCCACGGGAUGCGCAGUUUCUUCGAAAUGCGCUGGACCGAGAUCACCGGCGCACCGCCUCCGCAUCCACAAACCCAUAGCUGAGGUUCGGUACGUUCGCGCAACACCUGCAACAGCUUCGCUCAUUUCUACUAUUAGGAUAUGCGCCGCGUCACUGAUCGCGACAGUCGUCGAAAAGGACUGGUCCAUCUCUCUACCACUUCACUUCCGAGCAUUAGUCAGCCUCGUUCUAGCGGCCGACCGAAUUUUCCAUUGUAAUAGUAAUUGUUGCGAAUGCGGGUAUACUCUCGCCUAUCGUAUCAUUCUCACUGUUUAUCACGUUCGCGAGUGCGUUUUUCUCGCGUUUCAUAAAAUGCUCUAGUAUUCGGGUAUACUGUGACACAAAUGUCUCGUACUUCAUUUCUUUGUUAGCACCUAUAACGCGGUUUUUGUCAAACUUACUCAUUGUAAAGUAUUAUAGCGAGACGCUCUCACAAUACAGCCGAUCGGACAUUCGGCUUUGGUUUAACGAAUAUUGAUAAAGGUGUCUUCAGAAGCUUCACACUUAGGUCGAGAUUUUGGUCCGCAAACAAGCAUUUCUCGACAUUGACGUGAUUAAUCGGAUAGGAGUACGCGCAUUGUUUUGUCUUCAUCGAUUGGAACGAAGCAAUGCGAAUGGUCAUUGUACUUACCGAUAAACAAGUGAACAUUUGCCUAAGCGACAAAAAUGUAAUUUGCGAUUGUAUUAUACGGGCUUAAUGCCGAUUGUCGGCAAAAGAAAUAUUUUGCAAAGUAAUAAAUGUGAAAAAGAGAGAAGUUAUAUAUGUAUAUACAAAUAUAUAAAUAUGAAUAUGAAUAUAGUGUAUAUGUAUACAGAAUCUAUAUACAUAUAUUGUACACAUGUCACAACAUACAUACAUUCAAACGUACAUUUGCCCACGGAUGAGCACGAUAAGGGUAUUAUUCGCCGUAGAAGUAGAAUAGACAAAACGAUGAACGAAGUUAAUGUUUGAAUUUGUAAUACGACAGUCUAGAUAAUCAAAUAUGAAUGAAUGAAUAGAACUUUAUUCUCUUCGGCACAAGUGAAGGAAUGAUCAACAGAGAAAAUAAAAGUUUUUUUACAAUUUACGAAUAGGAUUCAUUCCGACCAUCUGAACCGUCGUAUUGCAAAUUGAAGAAAAGAUCUUAACACCGUUUCGCAUAACCAUUUUGUUUUUUUAUGUUUUUUGCAUUUAGUUUCGAGUUUCACUUAUGAAUUAUGUGACAAAACAUGUCUGCAGAACGAAACUAUUCAUAAUAUAAAUGAAGAGAAAGAAAAGAAAGAAAAUAUUCAUAUUUUCACACAUCAGUAUUCUAAGACAAGGCUAUACAUAUAUCUUUACUGUGACCGUUAUAUUGAUUCGCGGAUGUUUAAAAUUUGAUAAAAUUAAUAAGUAUUAGGAUCUAACUAUUACCGCAAUUACGUUUUUAAAAGCGAAGAGAUUUAGACGAUUAUUGUAACGCAUAAUCAGCGAUUAUUCCCACUAAUUAAUUAACUACGUGUCGGGUCUUGCGUACCCCAUGUAUGAACGAUAAUGUUGAGAACAUUGUUCGUAGAAAAAAAGUAAAAUCUUUCUAGAAUACUCCGUCUGUUUAAUUUAUGCAACACAAUGUCGUUUUUCGACUAGUAUAUGUUGCGUGUGCAAAUCCAAAAUCUUUCACUGCCGUUAGAGAGAUUCGCAUUGCGUUAAGCUUAUCAAUCUAGAAAUUUUAUUUAUUAUUUAGAGGUUAUUAACUAAUUCUGCAUACGCGGAAAUGUUGAUCAUUACCUUCGAAAGUAACAUCUAGUUUUCUGUUUUUCGUUCGUAGAAGUCAUAAAAGUUCUGCAUCAACGCAACAUAUAUACAGAUAAAAGUAGAUGUUCAGGAACAUCACCAGAAACUUAAUUAGCGCGUUCAAAAAUACGAUCAACCGUGAAUAAACAGUGAAGAUUAUUCGAAUACAGUAAGAAGAACGCCUUGCAUAGAGAACGCCUUUUGAGAGUUUCGAAUUUUUAACCGGGAGUAACGAACGCGAUUGCGUUUUUGUUGUCAUUAAAAAGCUAAGUUUUCGUAUAAUUACACUGUGCGUAGUAUUAUUAUUAUAAUGUAAGAAUUAUAUCGCAAUUUUACCUCCGUGUCGAGUUCGACGACGCGGAGACUCGCGUCGAUUCUCUCCUACAUCAGAGCGGAGUUUUCUAAGGACAAUCGGCCGAUCGUCGAAAAAUCUUUCGAACGAAGUAUCGUCGCAGUGUUCUCGUAGGUGUCCGCGAUGGGAUUAUAUCUCGUGCUGCGAACGAUAGAUCGUCAAAACGGCGGCGAGUUUCUCUGAUUAAUAAUAACAUGGUAUAUUUGUGAGUGCGACCAUCUUACGCGAGACGGUGUCGACAAUGUAACAAGAGAACAUUAACACUUAUAUCUUGUUUUGUAUGUAAUUGAUGUACAUUAUUGCUCGUAAUAGCGAAAUAGUUGGGUAAUAGCGAGAGAGACCCGGAGUGAGGGAGUUCAUCCGUAGUGUGACAUGCUAAAUGAUUACGAUUUAAAGAAAAAGGAAAAAAACAUUCGUAGCGUGUAAAAGUAUUAGCUAGAGUAUAAAUGCCGGCGGAGGGGCGAUUACGAAGUAAAGAGUAAUUAAUAUCGUUCGAGGUGCGACUGAAACAGAGCGUCGUAAUUUAGAAACGAACAUCCGGUAAGAUCGCUGACGAAGUUGCGCGAUGACUAUAAAAUUCCGAAGCGUCUUAAUGCGUCGAGUGCCAAGAAUUAGCUCGUGAGUUUUACUUGUGAGAAUUUACUGAUACAAAUAAAAAAUAUCUAAAUCUUAUGAUUUUAAGAAUUUAUAAAUUUAAUUAUUAUUAGAUUACUAUUUCCGCAGCUAAAAUGUAAAAUUUAUCACGAUUUGCGCACACUCGGCGUAUUAAUUUAUAAAAGUUAUGACUAGCCAUUUUAUUCGAUUUCUCUUUUUUUUUUUGUCUCCACUUCAUUCUCGAUAUCACGUAUAAUUUUACCUUCUUCAACAACAAAAAUAUUAGCAUUUACAAUAGCUUUUACAAUAUAUAACGACAAGAGACUGCAAUUAGUUUACAUACAUAUAAAUUCACUAAUGUAAAGCGCAAAUUUUAGGGCAUUUUGUCGAUCUUACCGAGUUGUUCUUCACCGGCCGUGUUGCUUAGAGCAUCGCGCCUCGCACCAUCAUACAGUAGCCGAUACGUUUAGACAUCCAUACAUUCAGACGACAAAACCGACACGCAACAGAAACAAAUAAUUUUUUAAAAUUUAAUUAUUAUUUAAAUAGUACAGUUACACUGUUAGUAUGAAUAAAAAAACGACGCUUUUUAUACGAAUUUUAGUUUUUAAACGUCGAUCUUACGAUAUAUAUGUAUAUAUAUCAUAUGAUAUAUAUAUAUAGUACAUAAAAAUGAGAGAGACAAUGGUAAUAGUAAUAAUAAUUAAUAUCGAUUAACGGAGCGGAUAAAGAGAAACGAAGGAAAUGUAUAAGAGGAAAGCAAGUGAGCAAACACGAGAAUGAAAGAAAAAGAGAGAAAGGUAAAUGAGAGUGCAUGUAUGCAAUGAAAGUGAGUGAAUGAAUAAGUGAGAAA